UGAUGAACCGGCCGGGUUCUGCCUACUAUACCUCCUUCGAAGCGCUCCGUGAUGCCAUCUACCACAACCUCCUCUCCAAUGUCAAGCUGGACACCGAGCCCGAUAAACGCUUUUUUCCUGUAGACACGGCUGAGAAGGUCCUACAACCAGAUAAACUAGAGGGUCUCUUUAGUUUCGUCGCCCCGCAUGGGCGAGCUAGGGUCACCUUAGUUCGAGCUGUCAAAGAACGAAAGCUGCACACAAUCCUCGCCGUGCUUGUCUAUUCUCAGUGCAGGAUAGAAGCAUGGGUCCGCGUCCUCGACAUAUUGAUCGCUGCAUCCACAUGGCCUGUCGUAGGCACCGGCGGGCUCGAUCUAUCCGAGCUGCCUUUGCAGCCUGCAUCGGCACGAGAGCUUUUCGGGGAUGAUCGUGUUGCCGCCGACCAGUUCUGCAACAACCAAGAAUACUUCUGCGCGGUGGUGCUUCGGAACAAGGAGGAGGUUACAUGCAAAGUGCACCGUCGAGUCCCGUAUCUGGAGAGUGAGGAAAUCGGGAGUGGAGCCUACGGCAAAGUCUACCGAGUGGUGAUAGCUCGGCAUCAUUUCUACGAUGGCAAAGAGCAGAUGUCAAAUACCGAGCGCAAAACGCUCGCUCGAAAAGACUUUGUCUUGGAUCUUGAAGAUAAUCCCUACGACAAGGAACGAGACGUGCUCCGAGAGAUUGUGCGAAACGUUAAACAGAACAGCAACAUCGUGGAGAACUUGGGUAGCCUCCAAAUUGGGCCAAUAUAUUCACUGUUCAUGCCCCUGGCAUACAGUGAUUUAGAACUAUACAUGGAGCGUACGGCAGCGCCGACCGAAUGGAAACAAAAAGCCGAUUUUAUUCACUGCGCCGCCGGCAUUGCCGGUGCAGUCGCUUAUCUUCACGAUGAACUAGUUUCGGAUACCUUCGAAACCCUAUCGUGUUUCCACAUGGACCUCAAACCAAAGAACAUACUGGUCUUUAAAGACCCGAAGACUGGUGUGGAAGAAUGGAAGCUAUCAGAUUUCAACAUGUCUCGUGUGAAGGCAACGCGUCGACCUACACAUGACAUGAUUGCGCCGCGGCGCGGUUGGACAUUCAACACGGACAACAUUCUGGACUUCAAUAAUUUAUUUAGGCGGAGAGCUGCUGGCAAUGGCGACCAGUCGUAUACCGACUCAAGCGUUGGCUCUUAUCGAACAGGAACCUACCUGGCUCCAGAAACUCGUAUCGACAAGCAUCCAAUUCUUGCCGAGAGUGACAUCUGGUCAUUAGGCUGUGUUAUUAUCGUCAUUUUCACUUUCUUGUACGGUGGAAUUUCCGCCGUGAACGAAUUUGAAGGGAUGAGGGCUUCGCAGCGGAUCGACGCAUUCUUUACAGUACCCGAAACACGACCCUCCCGCCACAUCAGCGAUAUCAAACUAAGUGAUGAAGUUGAAAAAUGGUUGAAAGAGCUGCGAUCCCAAACAUGGCGCAGGAACGAACAAGAAGGGACCAUCUUCAAGGAUAUGAUCGCCUUUCUUCAUGAUAAGGUUCUGAUCAUCGAUCCAUACAAGCGCAGGCAUACAACAGCUGUAGAAGUCAAGAACAAGUUGGUCUCUUCAUACAAGUCUUAUGAUAGCUUGGAUACAGGAUUCGUUCCGGAGAAGCCUCCACGCUUGCGCGACAGAUUAAUUCGAUCUUCUAUCUUUGCAAUGCGUAUUCGACCUAAUCCCGAGUUCCAGUCCCGGAAUUGGGAGAUCGGGCUACCCGACACCGUGCGGUCAAGCCAUUUCGGACCCAACGCACAACCCCUCGUAUGCGUCACCGAUACUGCUCUUACAGCCUAUUCACUCGAGCAUGUCUGCCGCACGAAAGAAUUCGACAACCUGAUCAAAUUUGGUAGCAUCAAUCUGGACAAGAAAGGACAACGUUGGACCGAUAAUAUCGGCGUGAGCGCACAACACAUUGUGGCGGCGACAGACAGCAACCAAUUCGAGGUUUAUGUAUACUAUAUAUCCGACGUUGCAUCGCAUACCACUGGGCUGCGAGCAGUUGCGCACAUUGUGCUCGACAAGCCUCCGAUCUUGAGAUUGGCUCUAUCACCAGAUGGAAAUUAUGCUGCCUUCCUUCUGCAGGAAGCCGACCGCGCGCAUGGUUUGAUUUACAUACUCCAGAUGGAUCAGCUCAGGCUUCUGAGCGAGGAUAGAGCAUCGUCUGUUGCAUCAUCCUCUUCCAACUCAAGCGCCUCUACAGGCGGUGGCCUCUCCCGCUAUACUAAACCUUUGUCAACUGUCGCACCAGCAGAAGAUAUACGCGAACUAAGCUUUUCCCCUUCCAACACUAUCUAUGCUGUCGUCAAACCUAAAAGAAAUAAUCCUGUUGUGGAAUAUGUCAUGACGAUACGGGCGUGGUACUUGGAGAAGGGCGCAUGGAAAGCGCGAAGAAGGACCGAAAUUGCGCACGAUGGACGGGACGAUCUUCUCCAGGGCCUAUACACGUCUUUCACGCCGCACACCUCAAAUAACAUCUUUACAGUACUCUCCCAGGAGAAAAGGGUGCUGACGAGAAAAGCAUGGGGAGAUGCCACUACUAUCACGCAGAGCAAGGCCAAAGGUCAUCGGCUUCUGAAGGUACUCUCCAGUCUUGACGAUGAAAUGAUCUAUUGCUUUGGUACAAACGAGGCAAAAAAUGAUCUUCAGCUGCUCAGUUUUCCGCCAUGUCCACUUGGAGAUGAAUUCACCAUAGCUAGAGGGACCAAACUACCGGGCAUGACUCAUCAGAGCAAAUUCGUUGCGGCAUUGUAUUAUCCUCCGGAUGCAGAGGCUGAUCCUCGAGCUUUGGUUGCAGAUAUGAGUGGUCGCAUGAUUCGUAUUCUAGAAGUUCCACUGAGUUCUAAUUAA